AUGGUAUAUCGUACGCACCGGCACAACCCGAUUAAGCUGGGCCUCAUCGAUACAGGGCCAGUCACCCACUGUGUGAACGAAAAGCUUGAUGUGUGUCUGGCUACCUGGUACAAACAAUGGGAUGCUUCUUGCGAGCCAGCAGAUCUCAACAAGCUAGAUGGUUACCUGGCUGAACUGGAGACCUUCUCACACAUAGCAUUCACCUCAAAGAAUGGCAUUCGUGCUGUCCUGCAAAGAUUAUCUGUGAUGCAUGGAGGCAUCGAACAAGCUGUGCAUGUGAUUCGUACAAGUGGGACCAGGCUGUGCGCUUUGGGUGUCGAUGGUGAUGAGCUCAGGGCAGCUGGAAUGGAAGUGCACGUGGAGCCAGAGGAGGCGAGCACUCUUGGCUUGGUCCGUGAGCUGGUUGAUAGGAGUGAAGCAAAGGGAUCCCGGAUUUUGUGCCCUGUUCCAUGCGUGCAAGGCGGUUUGAAGGAGCCCCAAGUCGUUCCUAGAUUUCUGAAGGCACUCGAAGAUGCUGGGGCCAGCCCAGUGCGUGUCGAUGCCUAUGUGACUCAGGCUGGCUGUGAUCCGUCAGACUGCUCCCAUGAAGGAGAGCUCUUACGCAAAGGUGCAAUAGACGCCAUUGCCUUCAGCUCCACGGCAGAGGUGGGAAAACGAAACGGGCUCUCCUCCAGCCGCACCCAGUCUUGUUUCACCUUAAUCCCGCUCCUUCAUUUGGCCAGUACAUCUCACUUGAAUCUCCAAAAUCACUCCACUUCAGCCAAACAGAAAUGUAAAGUUGCAAUGAUUUGA